AUGUCCAAACUGGUCUCCGAUGAGGUCGCCGAGGACUACAAGAGCUCCUUGGAGGAUCUCACGGGCAAUGACCGAUUCCAGAUCAGCAAUUUGACCGUCAUAGCCAAGGAGAACACCGAACAUGCCAUGGCCAUCUCCCGUGUAUUGGAGAAUCAUAUUCGAUCAACACCUCCACAGCAGAAGCUACCUGCACUGUAUGUAGUCGACUCUAUCGUCAAAAAUGUUGGAACUCCUUACACGCUGUUCCUGGGGCGGAACAUGUAUACGACCUUUAUGAACGCGUACACUUUGGUCGAUGCUCAGACUCGCCGCAAGUUGGAUGAGAUGCUGAAGACCUGGAAGGAGCCCGUUCCGGGUUCAUUGGAUACUCGGCCGGUCUUUGCGCCCGAAAUUACUCGCAGUAUUGAGAACGCCCUCAUCAAGGCACGGACGGCCGCUCUGCAGCAAGAACAGGCUCGAGGCAAUCGCGAUAUUCUCAAUCGUGGCCGUGGUACGCCGCCGGGCAUGUCUCGACCAACCAACAAUCAACACGGCACUAAUGGCCAUGGAUAUGGCACACCCACACCACCUCAAGGCCACAGUCCAGGUUCUGAACUAGACGCUCUCAAUCGAGAUCUCGAGGCCUGUAUUCUCUCAGCACGCAGUGACUUCGCCGCCGCUCCCUUUGAUCCCACGUCACAGCAACGUCUCAAGGCACUUCUUGACCUGCAGACAAUCAUGCGAAACCAGCAGCUCACCCCAGAUCAGUUGCGGCUUGUUCGUGAUCAACUUUCUGCCUUCAGACCGGCUCAGACAGUGCAGACCCCUACACCAAGUGCUCCUCCUCCUGCUGCUACCGCUGCCCCAGUCCCUCCUCCAGCUCCGGUCCCUACUCCUCCAUCCCAACCUGCAUCCCAACCCUUGCAAAAUCUUUUAAAUUCAAGAACUCUUGCCGAACUCAUUAAGAAUACUGCUAUCCGCCAGCAACCCACUCCUCCACCGGUUAUCUCUAAUAUCAUGCCCACAAUCCCUCAAAUGCCACAGAUGUCGUCUGCCAGCAACACACCGCAACCCGAAAACCCGCUGAUUACAGCUCUCCGAUCCCGUGGUAUUUUGCCUCCUGCAUCGGCUCCUCCAGUCAUGGGGUCUACCGGUCAGCCCUCGACUGGAGAGGCGCUGCCUUUCCUCGUGCCUGGUGGAAUGCGGUCUACACCUCCCGCUCCCACUCCGCCAGGGUCGAUGCCACUCUCAUCCACAGUUCCCAUGAAUACCGCAUCCAUGAAAAUUCCUCGAUUCGCUCUUGUGGCCUCUCUCUAUGAAGCCAAGUCUAAUCGAUGUGGAACGUGUGGACGCCGUUUCCCAAAUACUCAGGAGGGUAAAGAGAAGAAAGCACGACACUUGGAUUGGCACUUUAAGACCAACCAGCGCAUGUCGGAGGCUGCCAAACGUGCUCAGACCCGUAGCUGGUACGUUGAUGAAAGGGAUUGGAUCAAAUCCCGCGAGGUUGACGAUGACCAGCCCGUAGCUGACACGGACGCCACCACCGAAGGGGGCGCUGGUGCAGAGGGCAAUGCCGCCAAACAGGGUCCACCCCAGGCAUGGAUCCGGGCUCCCAACGAUGCCGCACUCCGGAAUACCCCUUGCCCCAUCUGCCAGGAGAAGUUUGAGUCAACCUGGUCGGAAGACGUGCAGGAUUGGAUCUGGCAAGAUGCCAUCAAGGUCGGCAGCCGUGUCUAUCAUGCCAGCUGUUAUGCCGAAGUUACCAAGGAUGGUCCCGCACCACGCAGCUCAACCCCGCAAGCACGGACUGGCACACCCGACUCCGUGCUGGGCAAGCGCAAGGCAGAAGGAACUGAUUCUCCCGGUGGAAAGACACGCAUCAAGACGGAGGCAUGA